AUGCCUGGAGACAACGGCUUAGCCAUGAGCAGGACAGCAUCUUCCACAAGCAUCCAGGCGGCGGACCUCUCAGGGCCACCACCAACACCAGCCUUGGUUCCUCCAGCAAAGGCAAAGAGCGUAUCUCCAGCUCCCGAUGCAGCCCCAAAGCAUUUGCCAACUGAAGGAGCCGGGGCUAGAGAAGUAGAGGACGUGCUUGGUGUUGAGAAGUUCAUCAUGCAUCCCGCCAGCGUGUAUAUUGUCAUCUCAGAGCCCAAGCACCAGAGUGAGAAGUUCCACUGGGGUAUCAUUGUGGCCCGUGGUCAACAGGAAGGCAUUCUCUAUCACUGCAUCUUCGAUGGCAGCCGGUGGGAGCUGAAAAUCGAAGAGAACAAAGAUAUAUCUGCGGACAAGACCGUUAUCCUCUUGCUGAAAGUUGGAAAUGUGCCUGAAGUCUCUCGGCAAUGGAUCGAAGCUAUUCAGGAGUGCGUCACCAUUGCCAAUGUCCCCAGGACCACCGUGGGAGAUAUUUCCUGCCGAACCUUUGCCCUGGCUGCCACCUACGAGCUGGGCAAUGGCGGCUUCAUCAACUUAUACCCGAGCUGGAAUAAAUUGAAGGGCAUCGAGAGAGAGGCGUAUCAGUUUGCCUGGCAUGCCGGCAACCUCGGACGCCGUCUGGUAGUUGCUAGCCAGUGGAGUGACCUUUGACUGGAUGAUGAUGACCUUAACGAUAUAACUAUAAAGAGACCACAAUGCAGGGGCUGAUGUGCAGCAUCAACCACCUAUAUAUGACUUAUGAUAGAUAUAUAUUACCGGAGUUGCUAGAAGAGAUAAAGGGAGUUUAUAAAGGGAUGAACAAUGGCCAAACAGCUGGCUAUGGGGAUGGUGUUUUUCUUACUACUAGCUAUUCACAGUGUUAUCUAGUUUUUAGCUGCGCAGACGACUCUAUUUAUUCUUAUCUCAACGUCAGUCUAUCAACCUCACUCCAAUAACUACCAGCAGUAUCUCGCUAUCUGCACCUCCAUCCACACCUAUAUCUGCCUAUGUAUCAACCCAACUGCCUCUAUGGCUGCUCUAUAUCCUGGCUCUGCGGACUG